UCAUAACUUCUUUCCGUAUGCUCUGUAUGAUGCUGCCAUUUAUCCGAAAUGACCACCCUGCCCUCACUGCCCAUGACACGCCCGAAGCUUACAGCCUUAGCCAGACAGAAGCUGCCUUGCUCCUCCAGAAAAAUUCCAAGGUCUCAAUUGAUCAAAGAAAAAGAUGACAUAGAUCAUUAUCUAGAGGUGAAUUUCAAAGGAUUAUCAAAAGAGGAGGUUGCAGCUUAUAGGAACUCCUACAAGAAGAAUAUCUGUGUGGACAUGCUGCGAGAUGGUUAUCAUAAGUCCUUCACCGAGCUCUUCGCUCUGAUGGAGCAGUGGGAUGCCCUGAGGGAGGCUGCGAGAGUCAGGUCCCUCUUCUGGCUGCAGAAGCCCCUGGAGGAGCAGCCUGAUAAACUGGAUUACUUCUACCAUUACCUGACCAGGGCUGAGGAGGCUGAGAGGAAAGAAUCCUUCGAAGAUGUAUAUAAUAACUUGUAUGCUCUGGCCUGUUACUUCAAUAAUUCUGAAGACAAGUGGGUAAGGAACCACUUCUAUGAACGAUGUUUUAAGAUUGCUCAGCUGAUCAAAAUUGACUGUGGGAAGAAAGAAGCCGAGGCACACAUGCAUAUGGGUCUUCUCUACGAGGAAGAUGGUCAGCUUCUGGAAGCUGCUGAGCAUUAUGAAGCAUUCCAUCAAUUGACGCAGGGGCGGAUAUGGAAGGAUGAGACAGGCCGCUCUCUCAACUUGUUGGCCUGUGAGAGUCUCCUGAGGACUUACAGAUUACUCUCAGACAAAAUGCUAGAAAAUAAAGAAUACAAACAGGCCAUCAAAAUUCUAAUAAAAGCUUCUGAAAUAGCCAAAGAAGGAAGUGACAAAAAGAUGGAAGCGGAAGCCUCUUACUACUUGGGCUUAGCACACUUAGCUGCUGAGGAAUAUGAAACAGCAUUAACAGUCCUUGACACUUACUGUAAAAUCUCCACAGACCUGGAUGAUGAUCUCAGUCUGGGGAAAGGCUAUGAAGCCAUAGCCAAGGUCCUGCAGAGCCAAGGAGAGAUGACAGAAGCAAUUAAAUACUUGAAAAAAUUUGUGAAAAUUGCAAGAAACAAUUUUCAAAGCCUAGAUUUUGUGAGAGCAAGUACAAUGCUUGGGGACAUCUACAAUGAAAAAGGAUACUACAACAAAGCUUCUGAAUGCUUUCAGCAAGCUUUUGACACAACAGUAGAGCUAAUGAGCAUGCCUCUGAUGGAUGAGACAAAAGUUCACUAUGGAAUAGCAAAAGCUCAUCAGAUGAUGCUUACAGUGAACAACUAUAUAGAGUCUGCAGAUCUCACCAGCCUCAACUACCUGCUGUCAUGGAAGGAGAGCAGAGGUGACAUUGAACCUGAUCCAGUUACUGAAGAGUUUAGAGGAUCCACAGUGGAAGCUGUGUCUCAAAACUCAGAACAUUUGGAAGAACUCAGUAGGUAUGAUAAAUCAAGUAUGGAGAGUUUUUUAUUAGGUCUCCAGUUACAUGAGGUAGCUUGUGGGGACGGCUGGAUUCCGCAGGGUGGCCCCGGAGGGGAAUCCAAAGAACCCGGCAGGGGUGGCAUUCCGCUGAGUAUUCGGGUUCUCCGGGGCUCCGGGGCAGACCGCGCGGGCUUGGGACGCUUCCCCGGCUUUGGGCCGCGGCGGAGCGGCCGGCGGAGGCACCAAGUACAGGCCUGGGCUACCUCCGCCAAAUGGGCGGCGAAGGCAUCGCCAGGGCAUCUGCGCUCUGGCUCUGGAGAAAAGGCUUUGAGAAAAGCCAGAAGGCAGCGAGGUCGAUGGUAA